ACCACGCGUUAUCUUUGAGACCCCCAUUUCGCAUAUCCAUUUUUCUUUUUUCCCCAUCUUCUUCUCCCAUUUUCUCCAUUUUUUUUUUCUCUUGGCUUGUUUUAUAAAAUGGGGAAAAUGGGACAAGAAUCUGAUAUCAAAUCCCAGUUGGUGGCACAAAUUUGCUCCAUUUCAAGCCGCUCAAAUGCUUGUGUUCAUAGGCAUCUUUUCAACCGACCAAAAUCGUCUCCAACUUUCAUUGAUUGGUAUCUUCUUCUCGGAGUGGGUGAAGAAGCCGGAAUUGAUGUUAUUAGAAAGCGAUACCAUAAACUUGCUUUACAACUUCAUCCAGACAAGAACAAGCAUCCCAAGGCUGAAAUUGCUUUCAAGCUUGUUUCCGAGGCAUAUGCAUGUCUCUCAGACAGUGCACAAAGGAAAGCCUUUGACUUGGAGAGAUGGAGGAAUUUCUGCUUCGAGUGCAUCGCCAACCCCACGAAUUCCAACACUCCGAAGCACAAGGCGUGGAGUGCCGCCCCGACUAGGUCGAAAUCUCACAGGAUUCUUAGAGGUUUGAAAGACAUAAGAGACAGAUUCAGAGAGGAGACUAGAGUGAUCGAGAAUUGCUUGAGAGCCAAUGCUGCUGCCUCGAGGAAAGAGAGAGAGUCCUCCCUCUUUCCUCCGCCGGAUUGCAUUUUCAGGAGCAACUCUCAGAGAGCAGCUAGUCACAAGGAGUCUCCAAUAUUCAAUCCCUCUGAUUAUAAAUUUGAAGGAUAUCCACAUGUCAGGAACAGAGUUUACAAGAAACCAGACAAUCUUUGGUUCCUGCAAACGGGGAAUAUUUUGAAUUGUGAGGCAAGAGGGAAGUGUGAUACCCCCAUUUUUGAGGUUAGAUCAGAUAGGGGAAUUUUCAAGAGCAAAUCUGCCUGUGUCCAUUCAUAACUUUCAAGGAAGUAUAGAUUUAUUAAGGGGAGAAAAAGAAAAUAAA